AUGUCAACCACUGAAAAGGCUGUGGCAGCAGCAGAAGCUCACGGCUUGCAGCACGAAAGAGGAUAUGCCAGUGUCGGCGACCUCGCCGCAGACCUGGAGGUUGACCUGGUGGUGAUCUCGGUCAAGGUACCACGACGCGCUGAACUGGCAAUGGCCGCUAUCAAUGCCGGUAAGGCCGUCUACGUUGAAUGGCCCUUUGCGUCGAACCUAGAAGAGGCAGAGGCCUUGGCUCGACGAGCCCGUGAACAACACGUGAAGAGCAUGGUGGGGUUGCCUACCAGACUCUCACCGCAUGUUUUGAAGAUGAAAGAAAUUAUUGAGUCCGAGUCGUUAGGCCGUAUCCUGGCCACUACAAUGUUGGUCACCGAUGACCUGUUUCUAAAAUUUCACGCUGACAAGCGACACUCUCAUGAUAAAGCAAAUGGAGCCAACAUCGUAACUAUUGCCGGCGGCCAUCUUCUCGACGCCGUGGCUUUUCUGCUGGGCGAGUUUCGCAUCCUUCACGCACAGACCAGCAUGCGCUUCCCAAAGCCGAUACUGAUGGAUGAGCAAGGAAAUCCUAAGACUGGCCGCUUUAAUGACGCGCCGGACUCAUUUUCCCUGCUCGGGCGAUUGGGUGACGCGGAUAUCCCGGCUUCGGUGUGCAUGUAUUCGCAUCCCCCUGCGAGCCCCAACCUGUUUCAGUGGAUCAUCACGGGAGAACAAGGGUCUUUGAAGCUAGAGGGGCCGAGCUUGAUGAUUCAUGCGAUUCCGCCACGGCUCUGGAAGACAGUGGCGGGAUCGAAUGCAGCCACCUGGGAGGAGAUUCAUCUCGAGAGCACGACAGCCCCUGGAGCAGAAUAUGUCGCCUGGAUGAAGGAUGAAAAUCAGCAUAUCGUGACUUUAGACGAGGCCGUGAUUCGAUAUCGAAUGGUCGAUGCUAUUUUCAAAAGUGCCGAGUCGGGUGCUGCAACUGCUUAUAGUUGUGUUGUGUGA